GCGGGGCCGGCGGGGCGCGAUGGCGGAGGGCGGGGACCCGCCCGCCCCGGGCAGCGCAGGUCGCAACCUGAAGGAAUGGCUGCGGGAGCAGUUCUGCGACCACCCUCUGGAGCACUGCGAGGACACCCGGCUGCACGACGCGGCUUUCGUAGGCGACCUGCCCACCCUGCGCAGCCUGCUGCAGGACGAGAGCUUCCAGAGCCGGAUCAACGAGAAGUCGGUGUGGUGCUGCGGCUGGCUGCCCUGCACCCCGCUGCGCAUCGCGGCCACCGCCGGCCACGGCCCCUGUGUCGAGUUCCUGCUGCGCAAAGGGGCCGAGAUCGACCUGGUGGACGUCAAGGGACAGACAGCCCUCUACGUGGCCGUGGUCAAUGGGCACCUGGAGUGUGCCAAGAUCCUGCUGGAGGCCGGUGCUGAUCCCAAUGGCAGCCGGCACCACCGCAGCACCCCGGUGUACCACGCGGCGCGGGUGGGGCGCGCCGACAUCCUGCGGGAGCUCAUCAGGUACGGUGCUGACGUGGACGUGAACCACCAGCUGGCGUCCCGCGGGCCCGGGCAGGCGCUGCGGCCGCUGACCACGCUGGUGGUGUGUCCCCUGUACAUCAGCGCUGCCUACCACAACCUGCCCUGCUUCCGCCUGCUGCUCCAGGCGGGAGCCGACCCGGAUUUUAACUGCUGCGGGCCCAUCAACGUGAAGGGCUUCUCGCGGGGCUCGCCCGUCUGCGUGCUGGACGCCGUCCUGCGACACGGCUGCGAGCCGGCCUUCGUCCGCCUCCUCAUUGACUUUGGAGCGGAUCUCAACCUCGUCAAGGUGGAGGCCCUGGGAGUGGAGGCCACGGGGAGGGUCAAGGUGAACGCCGAGGCGCUGGAGCUGUUCAAAGAAGCGAGGGGCCGCACCCGGAGCCUCCUGUCUCUGUGCCGCAUAGCUGUGCGGAGAGUCCUCGGCAAAUCCCGCCUGGAUCUGAUCCACAGCCUUCCAAUCCCACACCCCAUGAAACAAUUCUUACUCCACGAACACAGUUAAAGGAAAACUGGCUGCUUUUGGGGACAUUUUGACUUGGUAAAAGAGUGCCCUGACGGAGCCAGGUGCCAAUGCUGCCCUUUCCCCUUCAUGGGGUGCACAUAAUUCCCUGCUCCUGUGGAUGUUUUUUUUCCCUGCCAGAUUUAGGGUGCAGUGAUCCCGUGUGUUUUACUCCCUGGGGAGAGGCUGCUAAACGUGUGUGGGUGUUGCUGGAGCAAAUACAAUAUAUCCUGUAGCUGUUGGCAAAUGUGUAACCUCUGUUACUGAUCUGUGUCACACACACACACCUGGGGUCUCUGUGGCAUUUCUGUAUGGGGAAAGUGCCCCAUCUUUACUUCUUUUCUUAUCACAGCACAUAAAACCAGAAGUUCCUACCUACAUUUUACUCCAUUCCCCAUGAUAAUACCAGAGAAAACCCACCCAGAUCCAUGAAACAGGUCUGUUUUGUUUGUGGAAAAGGGAGAAAAAAGGAUUUUGUUGGUUUUUUUUUUGAGGAGUUGGGAGAUUUUGUGCUUCUAAUCACAGUGUUGCAUCCAGCAGCCUGGGCUCCUUUGAUUUCCAGUGCCUCUUCAUGCCACAAACUCCCAGGAGAGUCAUUCUUCAGGGAGUCAGCAGCCUUUUGUUGGGGUCUCAGGGUCAGCCAGUGACGUGGUCGGUGCAGAGGAAUCGUUGUCAAAACAGCAACUUUAGGAACAGAGAGAUGAUGGUGCCUCAGGAUCUCGGGAAAAAUCUCAGGUGAUAAUUGCUUUAACUUUACUGAUUCAAGUAAAAUCACUGUGUUACAA